UUCUGAUGCGCUACGGGCUGCGCAGCUGAAGAAAAGCAGCGGCGUAGCGCUGAACCGCUUCCUUCUUGCCUGCCCAUUCGCCCCUCGUUGCGUAGAAGCUGCUGCAGUUGCAGCCGCCCUGGAAGGGGGAUGAGCGGGAGGCGCCCGACUCUCCUGUGGCAACUCGACCAGAGCCCGCCCUGAAAGAGAGGGGUAACCCACUUCGCUUGUCUCCGUCCCGUCAGCAUUGCUCCCCUGGUCGCUCGCUCCCCUAGAAGGUUUCUGGAAAGACGAAGCCCUCCGAGAAUCGCUGCCGCCGCCUCUCCUUGGCUGAAAUUCAGGGGAAGCGCCAGCAGAGGGAAGGAACCAGGUUGGCCCAGAGCAGCGCAUUGUACUGUGAACAACUGAAGAACUACUCGGUCUUCGGAGGAUUAUCUUCUUUUUAAGGCUUCUGGCUACGACACCCCCCCCCCCCUUUCCCGCCCAGUCAGCAGUCACUUUAAGUGGGGCUGUAUAUCUGCCAGGCAUCCAGGAUUAGCUUUCUUUCCUCUUCGCAUGAUUUCCUUUGUACUGUGAAAUGGACUAAGUGAUAUAUUUAUGCAAACGUAGACACACCUUACUCAGCAGAAUUUUUGAAGUAAAAAACAACACUUUUUUUUAAACGGCUGGAAAUGAUCCUAAAGUGGAUUUUGCCCUACUGGAACUAUUUGCUUCCUGUGCCCAUUUUGGUCCAGUUUUAUCCUUAUGCUUUCUUAGAUACUGCAGAUGAUGCCAACCGAGGAUAUGUGCUACCUGAUGUUAAAAUGACUGUAUUGAAUCCUGAUGGUUCAGUACGAGAUUCGAUAAGCUUUGAUCCUGGACGCUAUGGGCUCCAAUCUCCCAGAGUAGCUGUCAAAGGCUUGCUUGUCGCACCCUUGCCUGUCAAUGAAGAUCCUUUCGGUUGUAAUCCCCAAACAAAGUUUCAUGUUCCUCCAAACACGAAGCAGUGGAUUGCCCUACUGAAGCGAGGAAAAUGCACUUUUAAGCAAAAAAUACUGCAGGCAGCUUCAUAUAACGCAUCAGCUGUGGUAAUUUACAACAUAUCUGGGGAAGGGCCAGUCACUAUGACUCAUAAUGGAACUGGAGACACUGUUGCUGUCAUGAUCAAAGAAUCAAAGAUUAAAAUGAUCCUGUAUUAUUUAGCAAAUAACAUGACUGUCCUAACUACAAUAGCAGUUGGAUCUCAGUGAUAAAUCUAACAUGUAGUCAUGGAUCUCUUGUCUACUAAGCAUUUCUAUUCAUAUUAUCAACAGUAAUUUUUUCCGUAUGGUUCAGGGAUGGGCAGAAAGUAAAUUGCCAAAUGUUUUGUACUUCAACUCCUAAUGUUCCUGAUAGUUGGUCAUGCUAGCAGGGACAUCUGUGAAUUGAAGUCCCAAAUAUAUGGAGGCUGGCUUCCAGUUCAUGGGGUUAGGACGCUAUUUUUAAAAUGGGAGUUUCUUAUUGGCCACAAAUUCCUGGGUUUUUCCUCUUCCUCAUGGUACUGGAUAGGAAUUGGGGUUGAUUUGGUCCUUCCAGGACUAAGUCAGCACUGGAUUCUGCAAGUCCAAGAGCAAUUGUGAUGGAGUGAAAUGGAUGACGUCCAUUAACAAAGAAUCCAAUCCGCAGCAACCUUUGAGGAAGGCAAGAAAGCGGUUUCUGAAUUAAAGUGGCUUCUUUUGCUAAAGUAAAGAGUAACUGCCAGCAUGUAACCUUGGUACCAGUUGUUAACAGGACUAAUUUGACAAGAAACGGAAGAAUAUCCUCAGAAUAGUGGAUAGUACAUCUUUAAUGCUUUUGGAGAAGAAGACAACAGUUGUCUAGAAAAAUACACUGAUAUUUCAAAGGGAUAGACAGACGUUUAUUGAGGAAAUGGUGACACUUUCACCUAUAAAGAUGUUGGGUGCAGGGAGAAAUUCUAAAUGCCCACAUCUGGACCCAGCUCCAAAACAUCUGAUCCCAUCUCUGAUCCAUAUAACAGCUUUUAAGUUUAUUCAAAAAUGCUAGCCAGUUUAGAAUAGUUAUGAAACUUAGAAUGGUCUAGGAUGCUUUGAACUAGAUGGGCUGGAGGGAAUUUUAUUAGGGAGAUGCAGAUUUAGGAUUUUUAUUGCUUUCAAUAGAUGCUUUGUCAUUAUUAUGCAGUUAUUAAUAUCAUCUAUAUUAUUUCUUUAUAUACAUGAUCAGGAUAUUAUUUCCUAAUAACUGCUAUUCUUUUUAUUACAUUGUACUGUCUGCAUAGAUGUUUUACUAUUUCUGUGUUGUAGGCCAACCAUAUGAUUUGUCUACCAUUUCUGUUUUGAGCAUUGUAUCUACAGACUACUUAAUUGAUUCCAGAAUUUGUGCUUCUUGUCUUUGGUUCAGCUUUAGCCACUGGAGUGCAACUUUGAAACUUUUAAGCAAAAAAUACUGCGGUCAGCUUCAUGUAACGCAUAAAGUUAAGGGUGUUAAACUGCUGCUUUUUAUAUCAAGCAGAGACUUGGGCGGGGAUGGCAUUAGCUGGAUGUUGUACCCAUGAACCGCUUUAGAAUAAUUUUUUUUAUUGUUUGUAGCCAAUGGCCAUUACAACAUCAUAAAACAUUAAGAAC